AUGAUGUCAUCAAAAAUAACGCCAUUUCUCGAAGAGGCCAAGAGUUCACGAUCAGCCCCUCUUGAUUCUUAUUCCCGAGUCUAAACUUUAAUAAAACACUGGCCUGCAAAUUGCACCAAAGAAUGUCAACGCCUUCAAGCUGUCCCUGACUGAUCGAUCCCACCUCGAUCGCAAAGAAUUUCAUUCAGUCGAUCGGAAAGUAAGUGAUACAGGAACAAAUCAUGAUAUCCACAAAGUCAUCUAACUGAUAGAUGCGCCAAAUGUUUCUUUUUUAUACUAGACUUCACAGAAAGUACUACAUCCUAAACGAAAGUCUCCGGGAGUUUCUUUUAACUUUUUUGUGAGCCAACUGGAAAAUAUACAGAAGCGGCGGGUCCCGUUCAUAUUCUGUCAUUUCGAAAACAGUGAUAGCGAAAUCUGCGGGGUCAGUGCUUAAACAUCUGCGGUGAAAAUAUAACUUCAGUAUUGAUAAGGUAUUACUUAGAUCUAACCGUUGUGCACCCCUGGGCUACCUGAAAGAGUUGCUUGAAAAAUGCCUUGUGUUUCACUCCCCUGAGAAUUUGCUUUCCUUUGGUGUUACGGAUUCUAAAAUGAAAAACUUACCAUUUCCAAUAACAGACACCGGCAAUUCACCUCCAAAACAUAAUGUACAUAACACCGUCUCUGAGCUGAGGCUGGUGCUGCUUGGGAAGACCGGAGUUGGGAAGAGUGCUUCUGGAAACACCAUCCUGGGCAGUGAGGAGUUUGAAUCAAUAUCCAGCACCUCAUCAAUAACCCAGGAGUGUGAGAUGAGGACAGGGGUAGUCGCCGGCAGAAAGGUCUCUAUAAUCGACACCCCGGGCUUGUUUGACCCAAAACUCUCUGCUGACGAAGUUGAAAAGAAGAUUUUAAAAUGUCUCGAUCUGGCUGUCCCUGGGCCCCACACUUUCCUGCUAGUGAUCCAGGUGGGGCGCUUCACGGAGGAAGAGAGGAGAGCAAUGCUGCUCGUCCAGGAGAUCUUCGGAGAGAGGGCUAUGAGGUACACCAUGUUUCUCUUUACCCGGGGUGAUGAGCUGGAAGGCAGGACCCUGGAGGAGUACCUCCGGGGGGCCGAUGAGGGUCUCAGAGGGCAGGUAGAGAGGUGCGGAGGAGGGGGACACGCCUUCAACAACAGGUGCAGAGGCGACGGAGCUCAAGUGAAGGAGCUGCUGGAGAAAAUCGAGAGGAUGAUAGAACGAAAUGCCUGCUACACCUACGAGAUGUAUCAACAGCGGCUGAAAGCACCCAAAACAAAAUGGGAGAAAAUCAAGUAUAUGUUAGCCGGAGCAGUAGCUGGUGCUUCAAGAGGGGCGUUGGGCGGUGCAUUGGCGGUAGCUGCGUUUUUAGACUAUAAAGAGUUAGACAAGAUUUUAGUAAUUAAUAUGGCUGCAGUAAAAGCAGAUCAAGCAGGUGUUUUAGAAAUAGUAAAGAAACCCAUAUUUGCAGUUGCUGUUUUCUUUUUUGCUUUGAAAAAAGGAGAGAGAAACAUCUUGAUGGGAACAGGGGCAGGGGCGGUUGUAGGAGGGGUAGUAGGGGCAUAUUAUGGCGUUAGAGAAGAGAAGCCUGGAGAAGCAAUGAAUAAAGGUGAUAAAGAAGUCUCGGCUCUCAGAAUACCCGAAUUUCAAGAUAUAUUUAAAUUGAUAAAAGCAUUUGAAAAAGCAAUGAAACCACCCAACAUUGCAGAUGAGCCUGACUAAAUGUUUUUUUGGAAAUCACCAAUUGUUUUUUACCACCGUUUUCUCCCAAUUUGGAAUAUCCAAUACACCUUGUUCAUGCAGUGUCCAUGUUUGGUUGAAAAUGAGGCUUGGUGUGCAAGCAACUGUCAUGGCCACCACAGCUACUGAUAGUAUCACUAUGUGGACGUAAUCUUUAAUAUGUGUUCCUCAAAUAAAAAUUGAAGAAAUUGAUGAUCGGGCAGAUAAUAAAGCAAGGAUUUCGAGAAAAAUACAGCAGACAUGGUAAAGCAAUUGGAGUAAGGGUUAUAUUCAUGAAGUAGAAGGUAAAUUAGCAAGCAUAUUUGUGAUCGGAAAGUGAAUACGCUACUACUAGCCUAUACUAGAUUCAUAAAAUAUGUUUAGAUCUCGUAGUUUUAUUUAGAGAACGUUUACUUUAAUUAAUAUUUACUGUGUUGAUAUUAAGUACUUCUGUAUUGUUUCAUGUUUAUUGCUUUGGUAUAAUGUGUUAAUUGUUUUCUAAAUUCAGUUAAGAGGCAGGAGAAUGGAUGUAGCAUUAGGGCUAAGGAGUUCCGGUCAAUGAAAAAGAAUGAGUCACCUUACUUAAGAAUCAAAUGUCCCCCUUUCUGUUAUUCCUGUAGUUUAUUUUGAGUUAAUGUAACAUUAAGGAUGUAACUCAAGCAUAUUUUUUUGUUAACACGCGUUACUAAAUGUUUUUGUAAUUUUGCUCAGUUGUGCUUAAUAAAGACU